AUGACCCCUGGUGAUGAAGUUGAAGACAUGUUUAUCCUCUUAAAUGAAGUUAAAAAACAGAUACCCUCUGUUUCAGCAGUCUCCUCUGGUGCAAUUGCAACUGACUAUCAAAGAUUGCUCGUGGAAAGUGUAUGUUCAAGAUUAGGGCUUGUUUCUUUGGCAUAUCUGUGGAAGCAAGAUCAGUCGUUUCUCCUUCAACAAAUGAUAAGCAGUGGGAUUGUUGCCAUCAUAGUAAAGGUUGCAUCCAUUGGGUUGCACCCUUCAAAACACUUGGGAAAGGAAAUAGAACACUUGGAGUCCCAUCUUCACAAGCUAAAAGAGUUGUAUGGAGUAAAUGUAUGUGGUGAAGGAGGUGAAUACGAAACAUUAACUCUUGACUGUCCCCUCUUUAAAAAUGCUCGAAUUGUGCUAGACAAAUAUCAAGUUGUUUUACAUUCGUCAGAUCACAUAGCUCCUGUUGGGGUCCUUCAUCCCUUGGCCUUCCAUUUGGAGAAAAAACUGGAGUCUGUGUCUCCAAGUGACAUUGAUGGUAGUGAUGAGGUCACUGUGGGGGAAAUGGAUUCAGUAUACGAAGUACUGGGGGACGGGAACAAUCUCGGUGAAGUGUCAAUCCAGGAAGCUAGUUUAAAUUCUAAUUUAACACUAGACAUAAAACAAAGACUCCGAAUCUCCAAAUCCAAGAAGGACGACACCUUUUCCAUCUCUUGCUGGCUGCAAGAUGCCUGUAACACAUCAGGAGAUUUGCGGGAGGAUCCUAAAGCGGUUCUAAUGAAAAUUGAAAUGCUUCUUGUUGAAUACAAUUGCUCUUGGGAGAAUGUUCUCUAUAUUCAUUUAUAUGUUCCCAACAUGAAUGACUUUUCUGUAGCGAAUGAAACAUACGUGAAAUUUAUUAGUCAGGAGAAAUGUCGCUAUUGUGUACCAUCACGUUCUACAAUUGAACUUCCUCUGAUGCAAGUUGGUUUGGGGAGGGCAUAUGUUGAAGUCUUGGUAUCAGAUGGUCAUAUAAAAAAUGUCUUGCAUGUUCAAAGUAUUUCUUGUUGGGCACCUAGUUGUAUUGGACCAUACAGCCAGGGCAACCUUGCACAAGGAUGUUUUAUAUAUGGCUGGCCAAUUGGGACUUGA